AUGGCGGCGGCCGGAGGGCCGGUGCUGAACGGGGCGGACGCGGGCGCCGCGGGGCUGAAGGAGGCGGCCGGCAUGUACGAGCAGCUGAGGGCCGAGUGGAACCGCAAGAACCUCAGCCUGAGCAAGUGCGGAGACUUGCUGGGCCGCCUCAAGGCAAGGGGGCCGGCGGGGGCGCUUGAAACGGGCAGGGGGACCGAGAAACCGUCGCGGGGCGGGGGGGGAGCCUGGAAACAGCCCCGCCGAGGGCGGCGCGGCGCCACUAGAAACCGCCCUCGAAGUCGGAAAGGGGCGGGAGGCAAGGAGGGGAAGAGGGACCCCUGGCUGGGGUGCCAUCUCGAGGGCUGCGGGGAAAGCGUGGCCGGGGACGGGGGACGGGGACUGCCAUUUACAGUGAGGUGGUUAGUGGAAGCAGGCGCUGGGGAAGGGGGCGAGGAAGGAGAAUGGGAAGCCUUUGUCCCGCGAGAAGGUCGGGCAGAGAGGGCUGAAACCCGCGUCUGGGAGGCAGGGAGAGCGAGUGGUUUGCAUUGAGGGGUGAAAAGCAUGAAACACCUUUCAAGGGCGAUCUCCCAUCCCUAAAUAUUGUGCAUUAGAAUGACAGAAUCGUAGAGUUGGAAGGGACCCCCAAGGUCAUCCAGUCCAACCCCCUGCAAUGCAGGAAUCCCAGUGACUGCUUAAGAUCCUCCCAAGGAAGGAGAGCCCACCAGCGCUUGUGGUACAGCUCCUACUGUCAGGAAGUUCUUCCUGAUGUUCAGCCCGGAUCUCUUUGGCCCCCGCAUGUCUCCAGGCGGGAGUGGGAAAAACUCUCUGCCUGAUCGCUGCCGGUCAGUGUGGGCAGUACUGAGCUAGAUGGAGCAGACGACCUCAUUCCGCAUCGGACAGUUUGCUGUGCCCCUGUUUGAGGUGGCUCUGUCCCGGCAAGCCUCUGGGUGCCGGGCUCCUUUGCUGCCGGAAGAGGAGGCCAGUGACUCAGCGGAGAUGUUUUUGCCUGAGCUGAAAACCUGUUUACGAGCCUCUCUCUUUUGGCUGAGUCAGGUCGCUGAGCCUUGCCGUGAUUGAGGCAGUCCUUAACAGCAUCCGGUCUCCAGCUGCAGCCAGCCAGCUGCCUCAAUGGAGAUUUCAAGCAAAACAAUUCGGCACAGCAUCAUAGCUGUCAACCUUCCCUUUUGUUUGCGGCAAAUUCCCUUAUUCCAGCGCCGUUUCCCGCUGCUUCCCGCUGCUAUCCCGGAUUGUUAGAUAUCCCGUAGACUGUCCCCGGGACAGGUGAGGCUGCUGAUCCCUUAUUUUCGAGGCUGCUGAUCCCUUAUUUUCAAAUCUGAAAGUUGACAGCUAUGCACAGCAUUCAUGCACUAUCCCAAAAGCAGCAGGGUUGGGAAAGGCGAGAGCCUGCAGUUGUUGGUUUUGGACUUCAACUCCCAUCAUCCCAUUAUUAUUAUUAUUAUUAUUAUGUAUUGAAUUUGUUAGUCACUUUAUCUUGCCCAGGAUAGCAGAAAGUGACUUAGACAGACAAGCAAACAUACCAUAAAAACCCACAUAGGUGCAGAAAGAAAUACACUAAAAACAUCCCACCCACUUCUAGAAAGACCACAGAUAGUUAAAUGCCAAAGGCCUGAUUAUAAAGCUUUUUCCUGGUGCCUAAUCCUUGCCCAUCAGCCAUGGUUUCUGGGUCUGAUGAGAACUGGAGUCUUAACAACUUUUGAAGGGUUGCGGCCUCUCUGGUACUAGAGUUACUGGGGAAACUCAGCCAGAUGGGCAGGGAAUAAAUAUUAUUAUUAUGCUUCUAAGGUUGGAAUGCUCCCUUCCUUCCUUAGCUGAUAGCCGUUCACAGCUCCCGGCUCCCCAAAUUCAUCCAAUUCUUCAUUUUUUCAAGCCACCAGCCAUCAAUAGUAAGGUGUUAAGUCAGACUGCAAUAGCUCUAAACCAGGCUUUGCCAACCCUGUGCCCUCCAGGUGUUACAGCUCUCAUCAGCCCCAGCAGUAACCUCUCUCUCCCUCUUUCUGCUCUGUUCCAGUUAGCUCUGCUUGAACUCAACUUUCUGCCCACAACAGGAACAAAACUGACUAAACAGCAGCUUAUCUUGGCAAGUGAGUAUAAUCCGACCCAUGCACAAGGUUGAUAGGAAUCUCCUAACACAAAGAGAAAUCUGUGAGGCAAAUUCAUCCCUCAAAAGUUUGCCGUUUAGCUGCCAACACGGUCUCUGUUCUCAAGAACAGCCACUGUCCUUGUUGCUGAUGAUAAUUUAAAGAAUGCAUCUUCACCUGUCCCUCAGGCUUGGGAGAAAGUGACAAAAUCACACUGUGGGCAAGGAAAAGAGCAAGAAACUUGAUGAAACUUUUCCCUUCUCUAUGUACCAUUAUUUGUUGGUUUGCUGUGUUUUAAGCUCUGCCUCAUAUUAUUUGUUUAUUUGGGAGUUUUUGUACCUCACCCGCUAGCUGAAGUUUACAAUACGUUUUAAACAUGACAAAACGGACAAUGAUACAGGAGUCAGCAGGGGGGUAAAUGUGUAUAUUAGCUUUCUCCUCUUGUCCCCUGAUGUUCCCACAAAUGCCAUUCUGUUGCUGAGUCUCCUGCCUUGGAACCAACAAUUGAAGCAGCAAAAUAUUAGUCCCAUACAGGCCAGAACUUCCUCACUGCAUGACUGCUGCUGCUGCUGUCUCUCACAGCCCCUGGUCCUGGUGGCAGAUGCAGGAGGUGCUGGUGGAGUAGAGAUGUUGUGGGCCUCCCUCCCAGCUCUUAUAUGAGCCACCUAGAAUUAUAGAGUUGGAAGGGUCCCAAAGCGUCAUCUAGUCCAGGCUCCUGCAAUGCAGGAAUCUCAACCAUACCAUCCUUGACAGAUGGCCAUCCAACAUCUGCUUAAAAACCUCCCGAGGAAGAAGAGUCCACAGCCUCUCGAGGGAAUCUGCUCCACUGUCGAACAGCUCUUACUGUUAGAAAUCUGUUCGUAAUCUUCGCCAGACUUGGAGGCAAGAUACCAGCUUGAUCUGCUUGCUCUGCUCUAACAUUGCAACUCCCCUGCUUGUGGUUGCUAAUGCUCUGCCCCUCAUUUCCCUUCUUGCCCCGCAAGGAGAUAUUCUAGAAAUCGGAGCGCAGUGGAGUAUCUUGAAGAAAGACAUCCCAUCUUUUGAGAGGUACAUGGCCCAGCUGAAGUGCUACUAUUUUGAUUACAAGUAAGUAUUCCUGCCUUGAAUACUUGUUUUACUCAUCAGGGUUUUUAUCCCCAAACCCAACUUUGAUGUUUUUCAGGAAUUUUUUAAAAUAAUUUUUCCUCAACGAAACAAAAGCCCCAUAAUUCCUCCGAUGUGCAGGGGAUGGGAGCACCAUGGGGUGGGGCAGCAGAAGAGGCAAAAUCAUUCCUUUGGCUCAAAUGAUCUAUUGCUCCUGUGCCUUUUCGGGUGUCUCUGGCUAAAGCACUCCAUAACACAAAUUCAGCAUCUCUCUCUUCCCCCUUCCCCCCUCAGAGAUGAGUUACCGGAGUCAGCCUACAAGCAUCAGCUGCUGGGCUUGAACCUUCUCUUCCUGCUGUCUCAGAACCGUGUUGCAGAGUUCCACACUGAGCUUGAAAGGCUGCCAGCCAAGGACAUUCAGACCAACGUCUACAUCAAGCACCCUGUAUCUUUGGAGCAGGUGACGCCUCUCCUUCUCUUUACUUUUCUGCUUCCCAGGCCCUGUGAAUAAGUGCUUAACUAGCAAAGUGCCCUUAACUGGGUAGAGAGGAGGUAUACAGUCAUACCUCUUGUUACGUUUGCUUCAGGUUGCGUGUUUUCAGAUUGCGUCCCACGGCGACCUGGAAGUACCAGAAAGGGUUAUUUCCGGGUUUCGCCACUCGCGCAUGCGCAGACACACAAAAUGACGUCAUGCGCAGAAGCGGCGAAUUGUGACCUGCAGGCGCAGGCUGCGUUCUGCUCAUGUUGCGAACGGGGCUCCAGAACGGAUCCCAUUCACAACCAGAGGUACCGCUGUAUUUAGUUAUUGUGUGCCCCCUACCUCCCCCAGGUAAACAAUGAAAUAUAGCAAUUUUCUAAUGCAGCUAUAAAACAACACAAAAGCACCUUCCAGUUGCAUUUGAAAACUCUGCUUGUUUCUGGGAAGGUCUUUAGCUUAGUAGGAGGAGCACUUUCCUUUCAUGCAAAGGGUCCCAAGUUCAAUCAACUCGUUCUUGGAAGCCCUGUAGACCACUGCCAGUCAGUGUUGGCUGUACUGAGCAAGACAGGGCAAUGCUCCAACUUGGUAUGAGGCACCUUCCUAUAUUCCUGCGCUCUAUGAAACAAGGCUAAACUGCAGUCCUCGCAAGAGCGUUAAGUCUGAAAAGGCCGUGCUUCUUGUGGAAACCAAUCUUGACUUUCCAAAAUAGCAAGCCUUGUUCGUGGACCUUAAAAACCCGCUGUGGGAAGAAGCCUUGUAUGGGAGGAGAAGGUUUUCCUGAGAUAGCGGGGGGCCUAGGCCACCCAUUCUAAAGCUGUGUGUGUAACUGAAAUAAUGACAUAUUCUCCCUAAGUGGUGUGCCCAAAGGGUUAAUAGAAAAGGUGGGUUGGGUCCUGGAAAGGGAAGAGUUGAAGGUGAGGAGAGGGUUGCUGCUUUGGAGGAGUUCUGUGAGGGACUUACAGACAUAACACAACAAAAACUAAUGCAAUACGUUAAUAAUUGGAUAAAACCAGCAUUGGAAAUUCGCCAGGGACAUUUUGCACCUGGCUAUUGGGCCUUUGCGACCAGGUGAAGAUGCCCAGGUACCGGACAUCUCUACCAUCUGGAGGUGCAUGCCUGGGGAUCCUUGGAUCGUGACUCUUUUCACACACUUAACAACGCAUCCUGUAGAAUUCUAUCCGUGAUAUUUUAUCAGCACAAUCAGAACAAAUUUCAGGAACCAAAAAGUCAUAUUUAAAAAUAGGACUUUCCAGGCGCCUGGUCCCAAAAUGGCAACUAGACAUACCGUUUUGGUGACUGUAACCCUGGUUUAAGGAGCCAUUUGGCGUCUAUCUGAUAUAUCUGUGAGUUUCUAACACAGGAUAAAACCUUAUUAAGACAAUAUGCUGUUCCAAAAUUUUCAGUGACCACACCCUUCUUUCUGUUGUGUAUUGAUUGCUAUGUUAUCAGUUGUACGUCGUGGCCUUGGUCAGCUACCUUGAAAAGCUGACUAAUAAAUUGUUUAUCUCUGCGAUACUCUUCCUCUUUCCUCCUGCCUUAGUAUCUGAUGGAAGGCAGUUACAAUAAAGUCUUCCUGGCAAAAGGCAACAUCCCAGCCGAGAGUUACGCUUUCUUCAUCGACAUCCUGUUGGACACUGUCAGGUGGGUCGUGGUGUCUUAGCUCUCUCAGACUCAUUUUAUAAACAUGGGGAAAGGGCUUCUGGAAGGGCAGGUGAUAUUUCCUCUUGUGCACACCAGGAGUAAGAAUUGAGACUGAAGUAUAUCUGCCAUUGGUAUUCCUCAAAAAAACACCGCCUAUCAAAAGCCUGAGAAACUUGCCUAGUUCCCACCUAGUUGUGUCUGUGACACCAUCCCAUCCCUUUGUGGAAUAUGGUAGUUAAUACAGACCAACACAGCAGCUGUGAGGAUUACUGAGUAUAUGUGAUGUGUUUUAAACAAUAUAGACCCUGUAACCUCACAGCCCAGCCAUAUCUUAAGCACCUUGAAAUCCCGUAUCAGUCUCAGUGGGAGAGAAUUCAGCACCUCCUUACGUCUCCUCUUGACAUCAGUGGAGCUUAAGAUCCCAGGGCCACGGAGGUUAGGCUGGCCUCAGCCAGGGCUUUUUCGGCCGUGGCCCCAAUCUGGUGGAACGCUCUUGUCACAAGAGACUAGGGCCUUGCGGGACUUGACAUCUUUCCGCAGGGCCUGCAGGACAGAGCUGUUCCACCAGGCCUUUGGCCAAGGCACAGUCUGACCCCCUCUCUCCUUCUGUAAUCCUCAUAGAACUCUAGCCCAAUGGUUGCCAUUAAUUUGAUUCUGAAUUGAUUUUAGAAUGAAUUGGUUUUAGAAUGUAUUUCAAUUAAUUAAUUGUGAUUUUAUGUAAACUGUGUUACUUUUAUUGUUGUUAGCCGCUCUGAGCCUGGCUUCAGCUGGGGAGGGCGGAAUAUAAAUAAAUUAUUAUUAUUAUUAUUAUUAUUACUAAUAAUAAUAAUAAUACCCCUGCUUAACAGCGGCUGAGUUGUGUGCCAAGAAUUCCGCCUGGGUGACCUGACCUGCUUGUGUUCCGUUUUUUCCCUCCCACCCCAGGGAUGAAAUUGCCAGCUGCAUUGAGAAGGCCUAUGAGAAGAUCCUGUUCAAUGAGGCCACUCGCAUGCUCUUCUUCACCCCCAAGAAGAUGACAGACUAUGCCAAGAAGGUGAGAAUUUGAGUACAGACUUCCAGAGUUAACGUUAAAUACAUUACUUCUGGUAAAUGAACCACUGUAGCUGCUGGAGGGGCGUGGAAAUUUGUUUACCAGGCUUUUUAUACUCCUCUACCCAUGUACUAGAGGGACGCGGGUGGCGCUGUGGUCUAAACCACAGAGCCUAGGGCUUGCCGAUCAGAAGGUCAGCGGUUCAAAUCCCCGCAACAGGGUGAGCUCCCGUUGCUCGGCCCCAGCUCCUGCCAACCUAGCAGUUCGAAAGCAUGUCAAAGUGCAAGUAGAUAAAUAGGUACCGCUCCGGCGGGAAGGUAAACGGCGUUUCCGUGUUCUGCUCUGGUUCGCCAGAAGCAGCUUAGUCAUGCUGGCCACAUGACCCGGAAGCUGUACGCCGGCUCCCUCGGCCAGUAAAGCGAGAUGAGCGCCGCAACCCCAGAGUCGGCCACGACUGGACCUAAUGGUCAGGGGUCCCUUUACCUUUACCCAUGUACUAUCUGAAACCCAAGAGUUGGUUGCCAGAUGUGAAAUACAUUGGCACUAUUUUCAGCUCUCCUACAAGGCCAAGAUGAGGGAGGGCCCUUUGCUGGAGAAACAAGCCUCAGUGUUCAUGGUUUUGUAGCAUUGUUGUUUAAAAAAACAAAGAAUCUCAUAUAAUGUCCUCUUGCCCUUUUACAGCGAGGCUGGGUUCUAGGCCCAAACAGCCACUACUGUUUCACAGGCCAGCAGCAGAAGCCGGAAGAUGCCACCAUCCCUUCGACAGAGCUAGCCAAACAAGUUAUUGAAUAUGCCCGGCAGCUGGAGAUGAUCGUCUAG